UCAAGUAGUCCUGUCAAAAUGGAAUGUACAUUUUCCAAGUCUGAAAUUCGUAAAUUUUGGAGUCAAAUUGUUGAGGAAAAAGGUGUGGAUUAUUACACGCCUGAGGAAUGGCAGGAGCACUAUACAGAUUUUUGCAGAUGCAUGCUCUCUGAAUCGGAACCUUUCACAAGGAUUGAUACUUUGGAGGAAUUGUCGCAAGGCAUAGUAAAAACCCAGCCUGUGUUUCUGAACCAGUCGAUUAUCAAAAAUCCGCCGAAAGUUCGAGAAGAGACGCCUAUGAGCCUCGUGGAGCAACCGUUUCAACCGUCUCAACAUUUGCUAGACAAGUUCAACGAGCAGUGGAAGCAGAGGGAUAUGUCACAGCCUAACAAUAAUGCGAAUCUGCAGACACAGCGAAUGCAAGGUGUUCGUUUUGAAAAACAAAACAAUCCUCAGCAAUUUAAAGAACAACAAUGGACUUCAUUUCACUCCCAACAUGUAGUAGUAACACAACGUUAUACACAACAACAACCCUCACAACAAAAACAACAACAACCACCGAUCCGUCCAGCAACCCAUGAGUUUCGCAUUCCACGUGUCCCACAUCAAGCUCCUACUCCGCGUUUUCCCCGUGCAAAAUCAUUUUCUCGGCCGCCACCUCCAGUUUCGAACUUUAAUCCACCCGGAGAAGUCACGGCAAUCCAGGAGAUAUACGAGCAAAGUCGAGUGCGAAAACCGUUAUCUGUUUCAAAUAUCAAUGCAGAUGUGUCGAAGAUUAACAGUGUGGAGAAAAACGAAGAUAUUUUGCCCCCUAAAAAGAAAAAAUUGGAAAUCAAAGAGAACAUAUCACUCCAGAAGAUAUACGAGCAAAGUCGAGUUAAAAAACCGUUAGUUAUUUCAAAUAUCAAUGCAGAUAUAUCAAAGAUUAGUAGUGAGGAAAAAAAGGAAACAAAGGACAUGCUGACCAUUGUAACAGGCGGAAAAGGAGAAAUUGGUCAAGAAGUUAAGAUGUCACUUGCAGAUGGUUAUAAAAAAGUAGAACCAAUUGAUGAUUGGUUGCAGAACUUCACAGACAAGUCCUCAAUUGAAAUAGAUCAUGAAAUUGCCGAUACAUCAGAUUUUUUCAAUAAUUUACCCAAUCCAACAACGGUUAUUGGAAAAACAUCGCAGGAACUAAUAGCUGUAUUGAACAAUAUUAAUAAAAGCAACAAAGCUCACAAGAAGUCCAAAAAGAAGCGCAACAAAAACAAAUCAGAGCAAUAAUUAAAAAAUAUUAAAAUACUUACACUAUACAAAGUCAAUGUAAUUCCAAUAUUUAGUUAUUUGUAAGUGUUUAUAAAAUUUGCAAAUAAAUAUUUAGUAUGUGAUUAA